AGCUCUUCCCUUAUCAAAGGUUGCUAUUCUAUGCUUCUGCAACAAAAUAUGGAAAACCCAGAAAAGGUUCCGAGGUUCCCCAGCUUCAGUGGCGUGGCCUUUGAAAUCAAAUCCCAUACUGACCCUUUUGCAGUCUCAGUCCCCAUCUCAAGUUGCAGCAAAAGGUUUUGGCUUCCAGAAAACCAGAGGAGCUCCCAGAGAGUGUACCCAUCUUUUGACACAUUGCAGAGGUCCCUAAGCCAAGCCAGCAGCCACUUCUGCGAUCUCGACGAUGACGAAACCGAAGACGACGCUCAUGCCGCCCGGGAGGAUGUCGAAGAAGGCCGAAACCAAGACGACCAAACGCACAAUGUUGCAGUUCCACUUCCACAGUCCAAAGCCGCUCCCAAAAAGAAUAACACUAGACUGAAAAUUAUACUUCUUGAUCAAGGCUUGUUCAGCGUCUACAAGCGCCUGUUUCUACUUACCUUGAUUCUUAACGUCGCUGCCUUGGUUAUCGCUGCCUGUGGUCAUUUCCCGUAUGCAAAGCGCAAGGCAGUCCUCUUCUCCAUUGGUAACCUCUUUGCGCUCACUCUAUGCCGAAGCGAGGCCUUCAUGCGAGCCGUGUUCUGGCUCGCGGUGAAGGCCUUGGGACGACCGUGGGUGCCGCUUCCGCUCAAGACUGUCGCCACCUCCUUUCUCCAAAGCCUGGGCGGGAUACACAGCGGCUGCGGAGUCUCCUGCAUCGCGUGGCUCGUCUUCUCCCUAGUUCUCACGGUUGAAGACAGAGGGAACACUUCCCGCGAGAUAAUAGCCGUCGCCUCCACCAUACUCGCUCUCCUCUCCCUCUCUGCCUCCGCGGCGUUCCCUCUCGUCCGCCACCUCCACCACAACGCCUUCGAGAGAAUCCACCGGUUUGCGGGAUGGGCAUCUCUCUCCCUUCUCUGGGCCUUCAUCCUCCUCACUAGUUCUUACAACCCAAACUCCAAAACUUACCAACCUAGUGUCAUGGUACUGAUUAAGGAGCAAGAGUUUUGGCUCACCCUUUGCACUACAAUACUAAUAAUCGUCCCGUGGUUGACGGUGAGGCGCGUCCCGGUCGAGGUUUUCUCUCCUUCUACACACGCGAGCAUUAUCAAGUUCGCUGGCGGAGUGAAGCCCGGGAUGCUAGGCCGAAUCAGCCCGUCUCCCUUAUCGGAGUGGCACGCCUUCGGCAUCAUCUCCGACGGGGGGAACGAGCACCUGAUGCUCGCAGGCGCGGUCGGCGACUUCACAAAGUCGCUGGUCGCGACCCCGCCGAGCCACCUGUGGGUUCGGAAGGUGCGCUUUGCGGGUCUGCCUUAUCUGGUGAACAUGUACGGGAGGGUGGUGCUGGUGGCGCGGGUUCGGGCAUAUGCGUGUUCCUGUCGUUUCUGCUGCAGCCGUGUGCGGCGGAUGUGUGCCUGGUUUGGGUGGCGAAAGGGAUUGAGCAGAAUUUCGGGAAGGAGAUAAAGGAGAUGGUGAGUGGGUGGCCGGAAGACAAGGUGAUUGUCUGCGACACGGCGGUGUGUGGCCGGCCAAACGUGGCGCAGAUGAGCGUGGAUGCUGCGAGGAAGUGGGGAGCGGAGGUGGUGAUAGUGACUAGUAAUCCAGAAGGGAGCAGGGAUGUUGUCAAUGCUUGCAAGGCUGCGGGGAUUCCAGCGUUUGGUCCCAUUUGGGACUCUUAAAAUUUGAAAUUUGUGCUCAAGCAAGCUCUUGAAGUUUAUUGACUCUUUUAUCAGCUUGGUUUAGUGUGCAAAGUGAUCAGUAGCGAGGUUCGAGAUCCAUAAGCAAAGGAAAGAACAUCGCUUUGGUCUAGGCUAUGUAAUGUAAGCUAAUGUUAUGUAAUAGACCAUGGGCCAAAUGGUUAGUUAGUUUGUUAUUAUUUAUUAUUUAUUAUUAUUUUUAAAA